GUAUUUAUGUACUUUCCCUUCUUGAAUUGUUCAUUAUAUUUUAAAAAGUAUUCGCUGUUUGGCAGUUUACACUCUCGUACAGUAGGUGGCAGUAUUCGCUAUUUGGCAGUUUACACUCCCGUACAAUAGGUGACAGUAAUCGCUGUUUGACAGUUUACAUUCCCGUACAGUAGGUGGCAGUAUUCACUGUUUAGUCGCUGUCUGCGCACAGAAAUCCAUCAAGGAAGAGGACCCAGUUGGCGGGAGAUGGGUUUUUACCUGCUGAGGAAGAUCCACAAUGGUUCAAAUAAUCAUCACGAGUGUGGAAGGUGGUCCUGCUGAAUGGCUGCUCGUUGAGCUGCAGGGGGAGAUGGUGGCCAGGCAGAAUACAGGACUGGCUAAAAACCUCAUGGGAGACCUGCACUUCACAAAUGAGGGUGUGCCUGUGCUCAUUGUGGGACACCACAUCCUAUAUGGAAAGCAGGUGAAGCUGGAGAAGCCUUUUGCGGUACUGGUGAAGCAUACUGUGACACCCCAGGGUUCUGAAGUAGCUGUGGAGACAGAUUCUGAAAGGCUCACCAGGUAUACAGUCUCUGCACUAAUAAAGAAGAAACUCAUCUUUAAAACGCGCCCCAAGCCCAUCAUCACCAAUGUGCCCAAGAAGGUGUAACAUUAACCAGGUUGUGGGAGACGAAUUGCUGCUGCAUGGAUGACCUGUGAAUGCACAGAUGGACACAAGAGGACGCUGUUACACCAGCAGCUUGUGCAAAAGUUCUCAGUGUGGAACAUGGAGACCACAGCAGCAGAGCCCAACCUGGAGUCCUUGCAGAGCAAAUUGCUCUGUGGUGUCAGGUUCUGCUCAGUGACUCCCGAGUGAUCUUCUGCCUCACGAUGGCUUUCUUAGCUUUUUAAAUCUAUGCUAUAGUUUUAAACUGUGGUUUGCUGUGCAUAAGGUCAUAUUAUCACAAGUCCUCUUAGGGUGAAAGUUGUCAUUUGCUUAAUGGUACAAGUGUUAGCAUAAUUUUACAGUUCAGUUUGAGUCUUCUUGUGACUUGUUUCUCAUGUAACAUGUGGCCCACAAGUCCUCUUGGCGGUUGUUCAGUGACCCCUCCACCUCAGGUGUAAACACUGAUAUGACUGUCUAGCAGCUGGUGUGAUGCAAGUGUAAGAGGAUUUGUGGGGUCUGUGAAGAAAUCUGUCCUUCAGCUCUGUGUUUCACCAUCACCAAACACUUGAUAAAAACAGCAUUUUUGUUUUCUAUUUCAAGUUAGUGAUUUCUACUAAUAACUCACACGUGCAUCCAUUACUGUUGUGUUGGAUGAGGAUGCUGCGUGGAAUUGUUCUUCUCUGAAAAAAGAGCUGCAGUUUCCAAGGUUCUAUAAUAAUGGAUCAUUUACCACAGCCUCAUCCAGCACUCUGCAUGAAUAAACUCAGUUGACACCUGAAACGCUCGUCAUGACUUUCUGUUGAAAUGUCCACGUCAGUACAUCAGCAGGGAGCCACUGAGAAGUAAGAUGGACACCUUUUUGCCCCAGA